AACUAAAUUAUGAAAAUUACAAUUUAUCUUUUUUUUAUUUGUAAUUUGUGAGCAAUUUAUCUGGUAUAUAUAUAUAUAUAUAUAUAUAUAUAUAUAUAUAUAUAUAUAUAUAAAUUAAUUUUGAACAUAACCAUAUCGAUUGUUCUUUUAUUUUCCAAGAUAGAAAGAAAGAAAAUCCCAUACUGCCCGGCCGGGGGUAAGGAAAAACAAACUAAGACUUGCAACGAGAACAAGGAGACUUUGUCCCCUCCGCUCCGCGCCCUAAACCAAGGUGUUUGAUGUUAUCUAUACGAGGUAUUAUCUGUGCAAUGACGGCAGGCAAAGAUCCCAUCAGACAAUUAAGAGGCCGAAGCAAUGGAGAUAUCGAAGUAGUCCAUCUUCAUAAAUAGAUCAUGCAUGCACAACGAUCGAACUCACUUCGAAAGAAAACUCAGAAGAAGAAGAAGAAGAAGAAGAAAAAACAGCUUAUAUAUAUGGCGAUAUUGAUGAUCCAGCGCACAAGUGUUUCUAAGUCGGCGGCCAUCUUGCUUCUGCUCGUCGUAAUAUGGGUCGUCGCCGUUUUGCCUUCGAGCGCAUCGAGAAUCGUGGGUCCGAAGGAGUCUGCUGGUAACGCCAUGAAAAUACCUCGAGCAGCAUCCAACAACAACAACGGCACGGCAUCGGUAUAUGAAUAUUGCAAUCCUUUCUGCAACGACGUUGCGUGUAAGAACUAUUAUCCAUAUCUGUGUGAUGGUCAACCUAGUAAUUGCUUUCAGACUUGCGACUGUGCUGCCUAUAGCUGUUAUUGCUUCUGCCCGCAAUAAAUAUAUAUAUGUCAAUGUUUAGUUACGUUGAUGACGGCAAAGAUCCAUCGAGGUGCAUGCACGAAUCAUCAUCAUCGUCGUCUUCGGCACGGCAAUUUGGUGCCUCUAUCAUUUUUUUUUCUUCUCCUUUUCAUGUGUACGUGUGUUUUUUUCUUCCAAUUUAAUGUGCUCGAUCUUUUAGAUCGAUGAUUUCGGUGUUUUCUUCUUGUCCCGGUUGGCAAGUGAUCGGUCGACUCCUAAUAAUUGCUGCCCAUUCUUCAGUUCCUCGAUGGUUUAGGGACUGUUUUGUAUGGAUUUGUCUUUCUUUCUUUGUUUCGGUCAUCAAUAAAAUAAUAAUAAUAAUAAUAAUAAGUGGUCGAUCUCGUCAACUUCAUUAAUCCAAUAUUUUUACCAUAUAUUACGCAAUAAUAAUCUGAAAAUUACUUGAAGAUCUCAAAAGAGAUCACAUCAUCGUGAUCUGCCACUACAACAAACAGACAUUUAGUAACAUGCCCGUAAUCCUUAUUUCUAAACUAUUAAAACGUAAAAUAUAAGAAUCAUAAUUGAUUUUCAUCCAAAUUCAUUCGUUUUCUUUUUCAUUGCAUUAUAAUCAAUGGUUGAGACUAUUUUUACAUGAGCAAGUCAUUCAAAAAGAGAAUUAUGAGGCGGGUGCAUAAUGUGCCCCAAACAUUUAUAUAGUGAAGAAAAUAUGUAUAUAAUUGUAUAUUCAAGACGACUACACAAGGUUUUGUUUGCAGAAGGAAAUGGUAUGCAAUACUAAAGUAAAUUGACACGUGAAUUUUAACAUGAUUCAGCCUCACGGUGGAUGAGAUCUAGAUGGGAACACCACCACAUUGGCGCUCACCAUAUACCCUUGAUUAUUUUUUUCACAUUAUUAAUAAAUCAUCAUUUAUCAAAACGAAUUUUUAAUUUAAAAUUGCUACAAUGACAUCAACGUGAUCAAUAUGUAGUAAGCAAUAUUCCUUGUAAUUUAAGGCAUAAAGCUUGGAAAAACUCUUCAACCAAAAGCAAAAACAAACACAACAAAUCAAAAUGCCUUGUUGUCCCCCUCCUCUUGCUGCAGCCUGCAAGCACAACAAGCUCACAAUUUUACCCAUGAGAGACAAGGGGAAGCAAUGAAGAUAUCGAAGUCCU